UCAACUACAUUUCCUCUGCAUCGGAAUGGCAAAAGGGAGAACGUGUUCCAACUAGUGCGAUUGUCAGUGUAGAAAGUUGAUCGUAUAUUUAAUGUCUGGUGUUAUUAUUUCACAGGGGAAAAAUGUACUAGUAUUUGCUUCCCUGGGCGAGUGGAUAAGUGGUGAGUAACCUACAAGGUCAGAUGGACAUUGGAGUAGGGAAAUCAACGCUCCCGCUCUAAAGAAAGUGAUACAUUAGAAGUAUGUCAUUAUCUCAACAUUUGAGAUUUGAUGUUUGAAGUUAACACGUUACAGUGUUUGCCCUGCGAAGUUAGCCGCCACUCGGUGUACAAUGUAGCGACAUUUGUGUGUUACUUGCAUGAAUGUAACAUGAUAUUUCGUUCGAUAUGACUAAUGUGACGCCGAGUAAAAGCGUGGAAUGGCUGCAGGUAGAGUUGGGAUCCGGGGGAAGUUCGCUGCUUCUGUUGGACUGCCGAUCGCACGAACUUUAUGAAUCAUCCCACAUAGAAACGGCCAUCAAUUUGGCCAUACCAGGGUUGAUGCUGCGAAGGUUCAAGAAAGGCAACAUACCCAUCCGAACUAUCAUCCCCAACCACGAAGACAAGGAGAAAUUCGUUAGACGUUGUAAUACGGAUACAGUGAUUCUGUACGAUGAGUGCACUGUGGACUGGCAGGAUGGGGCCACUGGUUCGGUUCUGGGACUACUUCUUCAGAAACUAUGGGACGACGGCUGUAAAGCAUAUUACCUGGAAGGUGGAUUUGUGAAGUUUCAGACCGAGUACUCGGAGCACUGUGAGACCCUUCUGGACAGCUGCUGUCCCAGCUCUUCUCCACCGCUGUCCGUCCUAGGCUUUGGAAGUCUCCGGAUCAGUUCUGACCUCUCCGAUGGUGAGUCGGACCGCGAGCCGAGCAGUGCGACCGAGUCUGAGGAGAGCCCCCUUCCCAACAACCAACCUGCCUUCCCAGUCCAGAUCCUCCCCUACCUUUACCUGGGCUGUGCCAAAGACUCCACCAACCUGGAUGUGCUGGGCCAGUACAACAUCAAGUACAUCCUGAACGUCACGCCCAACCUCCCCAACAUGUUUGAACAUGACGGCCUCUUCAAGUACAAGCAGAUCCCCAUCUCCGACCACUGGAGUCAGAACCUGUCCCAGUUCUUUCCAGAGGCCAUAUCCUUCAUCGAUGAGGCUCGGUCCAAGCAGUGUGGCGUCCUCGUACACUGUCUGGCUGGCAUCAGCCGCUCCGUUACCGUGACCGUGGCCUACCUGAUGCAGAGGCUCAACCUGUCACUCAAUGACGCCUACGACUUUGUCAAGAGGAAGAAGUCCAACAUCUCCCCCAACUUCAACUUCAUGGGCCAGCUGCUGGACUUUGAGAGGACACUGGGGCUGCACAGCCCAUGUGACAACCGCUCCUCGUCCAAUGAGCAGCUCUACUUCACCACUCCGACCAAUCACAAUGUGUUCCAGCUGGACACGCUGGAGUCAACGUGAGGAAACGGAGAAGACUGGUUUGGUGGCCAUGUUGUUUCAUCAGUGUCGCCGGGGUAUUUUGUAGCCUGUCAAUGGAAAAGAAAAUGCACCUGGCACUCCAGCUUGUGGAGACUGAGAAGACUCGCCUGACAAGCAAGUGAUUUCAGUAUGGAUUUUCAUAGAACAUGGUGCCCGCCAUUAUGCUUAAAACAGUACAUGCUCUGUCUGAUGCCUUAAGGGAUACUUCAGGAUUUUGGCAACAAGGCCCUUUAUCUACUUCCCCCAGAGUCAGAUGAAUGUGUGGAUACCAUGUUUAUGUCUCUGUGUCAAGUAUGAGGGAAGUUAGAGGAAGUUCUGUGAACCAAUGCUAACCAUAGACUUUCAGUAAUUGCGCUAACGUUAGUUAGCAACUUCCUUCAAACUGUACGCAAAGACAUACAAAUGGUAUGGACGAGUUCAUCAUCCCAAAAUUCAGAAGUAUCCCUUUUAAUGUUUUACUCAAGUAAUCCAACAGGCUUAGUGUGUAUAAUAGUGAAUGGUGGUAUGCAAUGCUUAUUGCAAGAAAUGUAAUUAUUAUGAGGUAACUCGAUUGGGGGGGGGGGGCUGUUAUUUCAUAUUCACCCGCUGGAAAGUGGAUGUGUCAAGUUGUUUUCAGAACAACUGUGGCUAAUGCCUUGUUCUGAAGGGAGAGGUUGGCCAAGCAGAAUGUGAAUCGUUGUUUUCUGGGACCAAAUGGAGAUAUUUUGAAUGGUACUCUUGCUGAGGGGCCUGGGCUACAUUAAGUUGGCCUUGAAUGACUUUGUCACAUUCCUAUUGAUGACUGUUCUAGAUGUCGUCAUUUGCAGUUAACAUCAGAAGGGAGUGAUCAUUGAAAGCACUUGUCCGCCAAUGUUAUGUUCUCUACUUCGCUGUCAUCUUCAAAGUAAACCUUUUUUUUUCUAUUCCAUAAUGUAAGAACGCCGUACAUUAUGUUAGUUUUUCCUUUGUUGAAUGGAGAGGGUCACCCUCUUGCAAAAAUAUUAAAGAUGAAACACAUUAGUUAUUUUUUUUUUGCAAGGCUCUUGUAAAUUGUGGUAAUUAUAAUAACUUUGCAUGUAAUCAAGUUUAACUUCUGUAUACUGUACCUCUUAUGCCUGUUGUUCCUGUGGCCUUUCCGAUACCGUCUAAGUUAACACUUAACUCUCUUUAACCAAGGAACUGGGUAUGGUAUUGGAUUGUCAUUUGCCAUGCUUGACAUGAAUGACUUGUAUAUCGAAGUUAUGAUCCAUAAUGGACAUUUUUACCUUGUUUAUUACGUCAUGUAACAAAUCACGUAUAGCCACAGUCACGUAUAGACACAAUCUUCAGCCUGCAGCUACUCUUCCUGUGGCGGAACCAUGUUAAAGGAAACACGGUGUGUUUUGAUCUGUUUUGUAUUUGCCAGUAAUCGAAGUUGAAUGUUUCAGCCAAUGAGAGGGAAUGAAAGGAAACGCGUGAUAAUGAUGCCAUUUUUUUUUCUUACCUCACGGAGAGACAUUUUCAGGGAUUUUUAUACAGCACAUCUGUAUCUUGUUACGGCAUCUGAAAUGCAUCAGAGGGCUGUGUUUAUUUGGUAUGGGUUUGUAAAAGAUGUACAUAAGAUUCGCUUGGUAACGCGGUGACUUUUUCUCUGAAUCAUGAAGGAUGUGAAAUUGACCGAUUACAGUAUGUACAGUGUAUGUAAAACUAAAUGUACAAGACAUUUAUGUACAAGUUUAUACAACAAAUAUAUUGUGUAUAUUUUUUACUUUCAAAUGUGUCCAAUUUGUAAGUCGCUCUGGAUAAGAGCGUCUGCUAAAUGACUUAAAUGUAAAUGUAAAUGCUAUGUAUUCUUGUGUUAUUACCGUCUUAUUGUUAUUCAGGGCUACGGCUGUGCCAAAGUUUAGGCUACUUUCAGGCAGCACUCAAUCACUCAACAUUCACAAUGAAGAAUAUCAAGUCCGGUGCAGGGUCAGCCACUAUCUGGCUGUCUGUCUGUGUCAUGUUGUCUUGUGCAGCCCAAGGCUGUAGGUGUGGUGAGAUAUCCGCUCUCUGUCCACUCUUGAUGCCUGGCUUCCUGUCUGUUGUGGCCAUGCAGGCCGUCUGAUGGAGAGAAGGACGGGAGGCAGGGCCAGAUCUCUGAAACCACAACACAGCCACUUCCCUUCCCAGUCACUCACUCGGGAGUCACCCUGCUCGGAGAGAAGGCGAAGAUGUCCAAUUGUGUAACAAUUAAGGUCUAUUUUACUUGAUGACUAACAUCCACACUAAGACUGGUUUUCUUUAAAGGAUGUUGGUGUGUCAUUCUCAGAACGAACGUUUCAGUGUUUAGGGUAAAUGCAGUAGUAUCUUAUUUUGUAUUUCUCAUGUCCAAAAGCUGCUGUGUUUCGUUUCAAAAGAGGAAAUGAGAGCUUGUCGCUACGUCCUCGGGUCCUGUUCGACGUUUGGGGAGGGUGAUGUGAGGGUAACACUUUACUGUGGAUAUGUUCACAUUAGCCCACACACAAAAACUCACGCCUCCUAAGAGAGCAUGUUGAAUACUUAACUUGAUGUUAAUUAUUUGCAACAAAAAAAAAGACAUGUUUUUGCCUGUUCACGGGUCCCCUCGAAAUAUCCCUACCUCAAGAGGUUUCAUUACUAAGGACUGAUGAUUAGCCUGAGGCUAGCCCUCCACAAGCCUCAGCUCUUCCAAACCCUGGUCGGGUGCACCAAGAAGAUUUAUAAAUUCAUCACACCUCUGAUCCAGGCCAAAUCAGCCAUGAUUCUCAGGCAAUGCAAUUCCUCUUUUUCAGAAGAAGCAGUUAUGAAAUGAGGCUAAGCCUAUGAUAUCCGUAGCCCUGAGCUAAGCUGAGGAAAAUGAAGUGCAACAGAAAAUGACAGCAAAGUAUCCGAGCUCACUAUGUAGUUUUUAAAAUGGAGAAUGCCAGGCAUGGGUUGUUUCUUGUCCAGUUCCAUCUUCAUAAGUACAACACUGAAAAGGAUUUAACUAAAUUAAAUAACAUUAUUUUCUUUAAAUGUCCCCAAUGUCAAGAAAAUAAAAUCCUCAUCUGCCA